AUGCCGCGAAGUCACCUGGUGGCUGGGAUGUGAAGUGUCAAAUGUCAAAAGUAGCGAAUAAAAAUAAACACAGAGCCCCGAAAGAAGUGGUCGGAAGUGAAAAAUCGUGAAAAUAGGCAGGAAAAUCAAAGAAAAAAUAGGGGGAAAAGUGUGUGAAAACCAAGAUGUAUCGUCGAACAAUGACAGUGGUGUAUAAACCACUGAAAAACAAUCACAUUGUCCUUCCUGAGAGCUAUUUUCGCCUCGUGUCAACUUAUGAGCAUGGAUGCCUCAGCAUAACUUUCAACUACGGUGAGACUUCGUACGUGUCGUGGGCUUCAUAUCCGGGGACAAAUCUUCACGACACUGAGGUAGGUCUCAAUGGGGCAACAGCUCAAGCUUUGGGUCUCAAAGAGGGUUCAAUUGUUAAGUGUAGUCUCGUGUCGGAAGCCAAGUUUGUGCGUAGUGUGUCUGUGACGCCAAGUUCUCAGACUGAUUGGGAAAUGACACAGCUGAGUGCUUCCCGGAUUCAGGCAACAAUGCUGGAUCAAACGAAAAUUGUGGCAGUGCAUCAAAAGAUUGUCGUAUGGCUCAAUAAGAGUAUCUCUGUUGUGCUUAGAGUGGACAGUAUUGAGCCUUCGAUGGAAUUUGGGAGGAUUGAGAAUGAUACAGAGUUGAUUGUUGCCCCAUUUGUGGGUACAAAACCAUCUCUGGCAGCAAAGAAAGCCAAUAGAACAUCCCUUCAUAUCCCCCAUGGGGAAGAAGAGGACAAACUUCCCACAUUGGCGCCAUGGAGAGAGACAGAAAGUGCCCCAAAAUCCAAUCCCUUGUCCAAGAGCUCAACCUUUGCGAGUGUUUCAUCCAUUUCCAGCAAUGGCAUAGAAUCCAAGAUUGAUGCAAUGCAGGAAUUACACAAAGAACUCCUUGCAGAAGUCACGGUGACAACGGAGUUCCGGAUAAUUCCACGAAAGUGGAUUGAUUGCAAUCAAAUUAAUGAAAUCUUCACCACAAAAGCAAAUCUUCCGACAAAUUUCGAUCUCAGUCGCAUUUAUCUGGCAAGAACGUCAGAAAAUCGUGAAGCAUUCAUCUCUGUGAAGCUUCUGCCCACAGAUGAGGGCUUUCCCAGCAAUAUCUUCCCUUCCGUGGAAGUGUAUGAGCCCCUAAUGCGCAUCCUUGGUGUACGUCCUUUUGAAAGGAUUGAACUGAGACCCAAGAAUACCGUGCUAAACUUCAUUGAACGCAUUGAUUUACUCCCAAGUCGCAAUGUUUCCUUCCGCGAGGCGAAAGACAUUGAAAAUGACUUCAAAAAUUUCAUCCUGGAUAAAACAAAAAUCCUCCCAGUUGUCCUGAAUCAGGAGCAAAUGCUUAAACUACGCGAAGGCACCUUUAUCACCGUCAAACUCAUUCCGGAGUCAUUCCGAUACUGCCUCCUGGACUCGGACAUUGUCAGGGAAUCAAAAAUCUUCGUUAGUGAUGAAGUGCGAAUGUUCAAAGAUGCCAAUGAGGCAGCUGAAGAAGUGAAGAAGAAUACCUUCAUCAGAGUUCCUUCCUUUGUGCAAAUUGUCGAGGAGAAUGUGAAGAAUUUAAAGCAAAAUCUCUGCCUGGAUGGGCGUCAGAAGAAACCACUCCCGGAAAAUAUUCUCCUCAUUGGUGGACCCAAUAGUGGUAAAAGUCGAAUUUGUGAUGAAAUUCUGGAAAAUCUCUCAAAAGCCCCCUUUCACUGCUACUUUGACAUUUUCUUCUGUUCACGCAAUAAAGGACGAAAGCCCGAGUCAAUUCAUCGUGAUUUACGUCUCAUCUUCACAACAUGCCUAACUCACUGCCCAUCAAUCCUUCUGCUGGAUAAUCUUGAUGUUCUCACGAAGAAUGUUGGGGAUCAGCAUACGCAGGACUCUGAGUACUAUGCCAAAGUUUCCGACAUCAUUCAGAGCCUUAUUCUGGAAUUUACAUCCUCCGCAGCGAUUUCCGUCAUUGCCACCGUGGGGAGUGUGAAGAAUCUCUGUGGGAGGAUUUAUACAACACGCGGGAGGCACCUGUUUCAGCGUCUUGUGAAGCUACCGGAUUUGGAUGCUGAUGCCAGGCUUUUUAUUCUGCGUGAAGUUUCCGGGCGGAGUGGAGUCCGUGGGAAGGUGAAUUGGGAGAAAAUUGCAAAUCUCACCGAAGGCUAUCGUUUUGGGGAUCUCAUGCAAUUCAUUGAGAGAGCAAUUUUCUGCAGUGUCAAGGAGAAUGCACGCGUGCCAAAGUUCACGGAGGACAUCCUCAGGGAGACCCUGAAGGUUACCAGUAGCUUCUGUCUCGAGGGUAUUGAGAAUCAUCGUGGGGAGGAUGCUGAGGAGGAGGCGUCAGAUGAAAUCCCUGGGUUGGAGAAGGCAAUGGAAGUACUGGAGGAGGUGCUGCUGUGGCCAUCGAAGUAUGCAGGGAUUUUCGCAGAGUCUCCAUUGAGGAAUCAAGCGGGAGUUUUACUUUUUGGCCCACCGGGUGUUGGGAAGACCUUCCUCAUGGCACAGAUUGCACGUGCGUGGAAUUUGCGGAUGAUUUCCGUGAAGGGACCCGAACUUCUGGCAAAGUAUAUUGGGCAGAGUGAGGAGAAUGUGCGGCAGCUGUUCGAUAGAGCACGCAGUGCACGUCCGUGUGUUCUCUUCUUCGAUGAAUUCGACAGUCUUGCCCCACGCCGGGGGCAUGAUUCCACUGGUGUUACGGAUCGUGUUGUCAAUCAACUCCUCACGGAACUCGAUGGGGUUGAAUCGCUGCAGGGUGUUACAGUGAUUGGGGCAACAUCGCGUCCGGAACUUCUGGAUCCCGCUCUGUUGCGUUCAGGGCGCAUUGAUCGGCUGGUUGAGUGCCCCCUGCCGGAUGCGGCAGCGCGUCAGGAGAUCUUUGGGAAACUCUCACGCGGGCUCAGCCUGCAUGGGGAUGUGGUGUGGUCGGAAAUGGCGGAGAAAACAGCAAACUUUACAGGAGCGGAUAUUCGGAGUAUUCUCACGUCGGCAACGAUGAUUGCUGUGAAAGAGGUUCUUGCCAGAAGCGAGGAAAUCCCAGAGAGUGUUGUGAUCCAUCAGAAGCAUCUCCUUGAAGCUCUGGCCUCCACGCGACCUUCACUGAGUUUGCAGGAUAUUGCGCGCUACAGGAAGGUUUAUGCUAAAUUCACCAAUAAGGAUCGACAGCCGAGUAGUAGGGACUUUGUGGCUAAGCGAGCGACUCUUGCGUGAUUUUUUUCUUCAGUGAAAAUUGUGGAUUUUCUUUUUUUGCAGAGGGUUGGGUGUCUUGUGUUAAUUUUUUGGUGUUGAGUUGUUUGUUUUAGGUGUAAAAAAAAAUCAUUUCAAAGUGAUUAAAAAUCACAUUGAAGACUGAAAAUAAAUAAAAUGGAUAAUAUUUGAAUGAAAUUAAAAAA